GCGAGCGCGAGCGCUCUCUGAAACUCCAAGUCCGACCUACCGUGAAAUGCGUCGCGAGCGGUGGACAUUCAGAACGCGGUUUCCACACACACCGAAAAGCAACAUUCUGGCUUUUCCUGCAGUGAACAUUUUAGCAGCCUUAAUAAUUUAGAAAUAGCGCUAUCUGGGAUUUUAUAGACAACUUGCCACAGAAACCAACCGGCAGGUGAAGUUGACUGUUCCCCACUUCAUCGCAACCAAUUUCGUGUUGAUGGUCGGAGAUGCUGUCAGGAUGGAGCUAAGCAGAAAGGAAGUGCCUCUCUAUGGUCAGGUUGAAAUCUGUGUGGGCCUAGAGCCAGGUCCAGAGGGGGCUGAGUACUAUGUGGUUUUAGAGGGAUCCACUUUAGACCAUGUGACCGCAGCACGCUGCACUGCUGAUGGAAAAUCUCUGGUUUUUAAUGCACCAGGGCAUAACCUGGCAGAGAGUGUGUCUGUGGGAGUGUUUGUGUGUAGGGGGGGUGAGGAGACAGCAGAAGUGACCCCACUGUCCCCCGCGUGUCCCCCCCUCUCUCUGAGAUACGUGCGGGACGAGGUCCAGGGCCUGGCCGAGCUCCUCAUGGGCCAGUCCGGCUCGCUGAGUCCCGUCCUGAGGAGGUGCAGCCCAGGAGAGGGGCCGGAGGUGGGCCAGGCCAGGCACGGAGCCGGGGCGGACCUGGAGACCUCCAGCCUCGGCAAGACCGAGUGGCACCCGGGCAGCCGAGACACAGCGGCCGAUGGAGAGACGGCUGGAGCAGGAGAACCUUCCGGAAGGGAGGAGUGGGGAGCAGAGCUGCCAGUAGGCAACCUGAAGGAGCUGGAUGGGCCACUGACCCUAGCGCUGGCCAACACGACCUCCCCCAAUGAAUGGAACGGCCUUGGGACCAAACACUUGGAAGGUCAAGAUACAGAUGACCUGUCCAGAGAGACUCCUCUCCACCUGGCCACACGGUUGGGUCUGCCUCAACUCUGCCACUUCCUGCUUCAGCAGCCUGGGGGUCAAAAGGUUGUGACCUUGCCCAACGAGGAGGAGGAGGAGGAGGACACGGCCCUGCGCCUGUCCGAGAGGAGAGGGGACGAGACUGUUCUCGCCGCGCUUGCGCCGCCCUUGGAUGCCACCUCUGUCGCCCCCAUAUCCCAGGUCUGGGUGGAUAGUUCCAGUGUUCUGCGUGUGAGUUCUACCAGUAGGACUCCAACUCUCACUACCAAACACACCAGCGGUACUCAUACGGACCCAUGUGUAAACAUACGCACAUACAGGCAGAGGGUGCAGGACUGGACAGCACUCUCUGAUACAAGAGAAGAGAGGGAAGACGCCAGAGAGGAGAGAAGAGAGACAGAGGACAGCGGAGGACACAGCAGCUCUGGAGAGUUCAUCUCGUCAGAGACACAUUUCAGUGCUGAAGUUUAG